CCUUAUUUUUGACGCCCUAGCUAUGUCAUUCCCUGCACCCGAAUCUCUCACCCCUGCCGAGUUUCAGGGUAUACUUGAAUACUUGCGGAUAUUGCUACAAAAUCUGCCAACUGCCUUGCCCGUUGGUUCUGCUUUCACAUCAAAAUACCUCGCAUUCCUGUCAUUCACGAUUGACGCUGAGCUGCUAGAUCGUACCGGAAGCGAAAUAGGGGCCUUAAAUGAACAAUUCAAACAGAUUUUCGGAUGGCAAACACGAACAACGGGAUCUGGAAUUGUGGCAAUCGAGGAGCGAGGAGAACCUAUUUGUGCAGUGGUUGAUGUGCUUGAAAACUUUCAUGUCAGAUACCCUACAGAUAAUGUUAUUAAGAAGUGGGCAGUUGACAUUGGUAUUGGAGUACAAGAAGUCUACAGUCAACACAACAUCGAGCUCCCACCACAGAGCACGGCUACAAAGCAACAAAAGCAGACAUUGUUAGACUCUGUGUUGAGCAUAUCCAACACUGCAUCUGAUCACGAACUCAACGACCCAAUCUCGCUGCUUGUGCAGGAGAUUGGAGCAGCUGGUGUUGUUGACGAGUUCAGAUGUCAACUUCAAGCUUAUUUUCACAACGAGUGGCCAUUCAAUGCCCCCCUUCAAGACGGAAACACUCUCGCAUGGUGGAAUACACUUCUAACUCAUCCCCAUGCUCGUGUCCUUGCUAAUGCUCAAACUCUCGUUGACAUGAUUCAGAUCGGACAGUGGUAUGGUAACAAGGCUGAAAAAUCGAGACCACGAAAGGAACCCUACCGGCCAACAGUCAAGUUCCGCGACAUCGACAAAGACCUCCUUCGUGCUGUUACCACAGGAGUCAAGCCAGCGACUAACGACGUGACACCACCUGCUGUGGACACUGGACAUGACAGUGACGACUCAGAAGACCUGCUGGAUGAUGUCGAGGAUGGCCUUGUAGGCACUUGCAGAGAUGACGAGGUACCAGAGGAUGAUUUUCUGCAGGUGGAUGAAGAUAUUCACCUCGGCUCUCCUUUACUGCGUGAUUUGAUCUCUACGGUACCUGUCGUUGGCUCGCAGAAUGUUCGGGUGGCUCAGGACAGGGUGCCGGUGUCGAACAAGAGGGCAGCCAACUGGAAUUUCUAAUUUUUCACAAUUUUUCACUGCGAAAACUUUAUUCACGCUGUUGAUAAAUCAUUUUCAACUAGUUAAUAAC